AUGGUCCAGGCGACACUUGAUGCUAUGUGGUGUAGAGUCUUCCCGGCCACUUUGGAAGGACAUGGACGAGCCUGGUACUCAAGCUUGGCGCACCGGUCGGUUGUUAAUUUCGGACAGCUUCGGAACAAGUUCUUGGCGCAUUUCACUCCCCUCCGGAGGCACCGAAGAUCAACCAUGACCCUUGUGAAUCUCAAGCAGAACCAAGGGGAGUCAUUAAUAGAUUUUAUGGCUAGAUUUAAUAUGGAGGCAUUGAGCAUUAAGAAUCUUGAUCAGAGUAUUGCCAUGGUGGCCUUUCAGAAUGCCUUGAGGGCUAGUCCUUUUACCCAGUCACUGGCUAAGCGGCCUCCCUAG